UGACAAAUAUCUUUUCUGACCCCGCCCAUCACAAUCGAAGCACCGAAAAAACCAAGCCUGACCUAGUACCCGUCGAUCGUUUUACAACGCGCUUCCCGAAGCAAAACGAAAGCCAUGUUGGCACCUUGCUUCUCCAUGCUUAUUAUUGUAGUUCUCUCCUUAUACUUUACCUCUUUGUGGUGUAGUAUAAUUACGCCUUUUUUUGGUGUAGUAAUUCCUUGGAGUGCAAGCGAUAUCGCAGCGCUGCACGCGGCAAAUUCGGAUUUACCUACCGAACAAGUGACGCCGGCAAAUAAAACGAAUCUUCGAAGUCACUCCUUUCUGCAACCGUCCUCCUCAGCGCCGAAGGGUAACAAAGAAACUUUUGUCCACGAGAGCUCUCCUAAGUCCCUGCUCGAGCGGUCUCGCACGGGUGCGUCACGUUCUACAGAGGAAAAAGCGGAACUCAAGCCAGCGGUCCUCCCGAAGCCGCAGUACGACUUCAACCAGUGGUCGGACCCGAUCCGGAACCAGAUUUGCGACGACAGCUUCCCCGGAUUCACUUGUACAGUAAAUGACAAGAACCAGCGCGUGUACCGCUUCACCGCGGGCACGUUCAAGAUCGACCGGCAGUUCCUCGUGCCCGAGAACACGAUUUUGCAGGGCAACAGCGACCCGAACGGCAAACUAGCGGACGAUUUUCGCGACAUUGAAAAUGCGCAGAAUUCCUUCGGGAAAUUGACUUUGCAACAAGUAGAAAACUCCCGUCCGGAUUAUUCUACGCAAACCCUUUUCCUCGCGACGCGGGGGGCGACGAGCAACAACGAUCGGUAUUGCAAGGUCGGCGAUCUGUACAACCCGGGGAAGAACUGGCGAGUCGGGCUAGUGUUCUCCAGCAACACCGCAGUGCUCGAUGUCAGCUACCAGGGUAUCGACACCAUUCGGCCCUCGGACAACGGAAGUCUCUGCGGCGGCGGCGCUUUCGAGACCAAGGGGUGUGUGCAGGACUUCUGCGGCGGUGAUCAGAACACGGGGGGUAGUGACGGCCGCGGCUCGAAAAACGUGGUUAUUGCGAACGUCCGGGUCAACGAUUUCUACUAUGAGGAGGACAAAAACAAGAUCGGGGUCCGCAUUCCCGGCAACGACAACGUGCCCGGGGGGUGCAUCUACUGCCAGCCCAACAACGUCCGGGCGUCGCAGAUCGCGCUGUGGGUCCCGAUGACCCGCGACGGAUCUGCCUCCGAGAACAUUGUGAUCCGCAAUUUGGUCGUGAUGUCGCUGCAGGGGGACGGGAUCAAUUUCCACGGCAAGGUGAACAACGGCGUGGUGCAAAACGCCUGGAUCAUGAACACGGGGGACGACAUCUACGCGGUGUGGGGGGCGCAAAACCCCGGGGAGAAAAUCAUGUUCAAGAACACCGUCGCCUACAACCCGGGCAUCAUGCGCCCCGGCUGGUACGGCCAGUGCUACGCGACGUACGGGCUGCGGUCGGUCUACAUUUUGAACCACUUCUGUCGCAGCCCGUUGCUGGACCGAAUCACCGUGUUUCCCUGGGGCGACAAGGCGCAACAGAAUUCCGUAACCAUGAUUGGUAUGCACGAGUCCUUCGACGCGUUGUACCCCGCAGGCGGGGAGCUGAUCGUGUCGAACUACGAAUUCACCGACUUGGACAACAAUAUCCAUGUCGACGACGGGUCGGAUCCGAGCCUGGGAAAAAAUUCCGUUCCGAUCAAGAAGAUGAUUUUCAACAGCGACGACAAGGGUACCCGUGCGCCCUAUUUCAAGUGGGGCGGAAACAUCAACGUCAAGGUGGAAUUCAACCAGGACGGGGCGAUUGCAGACUCCAAGUGGAUGAACGACUGGAUGAGAACGACCGGCUUGGUGCUGGGCGAAAGGUUUCUGCCGACGAGGACUGCCGGAGGUGGACCCAAUGCUGGUGCCGGCACUGGCGUGGCAGGGGGAUUGCCGUGGCAACAAGGUUAUGUUCCCUCGUCGGCGACUGCAAAUACUGGAGAUACAACUCAAAUCGGCGGAGGAGGAAAUGCAAAUGGCAAUGGCAGCGGGCAGGUGCCAGCGGCGCCCGGGCUGGCAUCAACAGGGUACUAUGCGGAGAAGGCGGGUCCUAUCGGGUGUUGCGGUGGCCAGAAUCGGGUGUCGUACGACGGAUCUGCUGGCCAAGCAGUUUCUAUGCAGCCGGCGGGGAAUACUCAGGCGCAGCCCCUUGCGGGAGGGGCGACCGGAAGAUGAAGAGAAAGUUUUGUGGAAGUGAGAAAGUGGACUGUAGCUUUGGUCUCUAGGCAAGGUCAGCUUGUUGUAGCUUCGCGGGAAAAAAUAUUUAUCAGCUUCACUUGUCUGAAGCUCCAGCUACUUUACUGUCAUUGGAAUUGAAUGGAUACAAUUGAAACAGUGAGCGAAGUGCCCGCGCCCGCUCAGUAAGGUAUCUUGAAGUCUCACAUGAUAAAAGGUUCAGGCUCGGCCAGG